CUCGCUCAGCGCUGUGGCGGCGUGACGUCACGGGGCUCGUAUUAACCAGUCGCGCUAUGGUGGCCGAGCGAGGUCUCUUUCCGUUUCCUAGGAAACCUGCGCGCUGACGCCUAAAGCAGGCGAGAAUCCCAUUGACUCUCAUUUUGCCUGUAAUUUAGAAGUUUUCAUACCCAGUGACUGACCAUGGCUCACAGAUUUUCGAAAGAAGACUUAGAUGAACAGUUUGAACAGUUUUUGAAAGAGUCUCUUUCAGAUGAUUCAUUGGGAAAUGAACCGAAGAAAAAAUCCAGUAUUCCUGAAACUAUUGGGCCAGCUAAGAAGAAGCAGUCCUUGCCAUGGUGGAUAUCUGAGGAUGAUUCGGAUGAUGUUCCUAAGACAAACAAGUUUAUCAAACAAAGUGAUGAGAAGAAUCCUAUAAGGGAUAAAGAUGAAUUGACGGAAGAUGGUGAAGAGAAGAUCCCACUUUCAAAUAACCUGCCUGGAAAGCAUGGAACAAAUGGCAGCUUCCUGAAGUCGCGAAGGCUUUCUCAUUCUAUUGUGGAAGUAGAUGAAGAUCAUGUUGAAGGCAUUCAGUCUUGUCAACCUAGUGGUGUUUCUGCCUCUUUAAGCAGAGAUAGCCUGGAAACUAAUGGUUCAGUUGUUGCUUCAGGGCCUAAAGAGAAUGUUUUGGAAGUUGGACUGGAUACUUUGGAGGAGCAAGAGGAAAAGGAGAGAUUUUUUGCUGACCUUGAGAAAGGAGCAUCCUCUACCAUCGACUAUUCAAGAUUGAAUAAGGAGCUGGACUCCAAUGAUUCCGAAGUGUUACAGGCAUUUCUUCGACAUCAUCCAAAAGUGAACCAAGUAGAAGAAGGAAAUGAAGAUGAACCUAAGAAUCAUGAAAAAUCUGGUGACUACAGUGAGGAUUUUGAAGACAAUUCAGAAUCUGACCAGGACAGUAAUGUUGAACAACAUGUUAUGCCAGAAUCAAAUGAAAAAAAGAUUGGCAUGCUGGCUAAAGUUGCCCUCCUUGAUUCCCAAGACUCAGCUCUGGAGACUCAAAAGGCCAGUGAAAAUCAGGAUAACAUACUUACAGAACAUCAUCUUCCUAAAGAAGCCAUUGCAGAGAAUAUGAGUGGAACAGGUAUUUCCUGUGGACAAACUAACAGUGAUAUUGAAGCUUUGCAUCAGGCCUACUGCCAUGUUGAGCAGUCUUUAGGGGACACUGAUGAGCAAAAAAAUAAUGCUGAUAAAAUGGAUGCUGCAGAGAACUUAAUUAACGAAGUUACACAGAAUAAAGAAGACUGUCCCCCAAAUACCUCCAACACUGAUUCUGAUUUACCCACCAUAGAAGAACUGAUGAAACCUAUCAAAGCAGAUUCAUCAAUUACCAGAGGCUAUGACUUAGAACCUCUAAGUUCUCCAAAAGUCACACAUGCCAACACAGAUGAAUCAGUGAGCCAUUUCCCAUUUAAAGAACACCAUAAUAGUAUAUCAUAUCCAGAGAAGACAAAUGUUGGUCCUUUGAACCACCAUAGUGGGCAAGAGAAGGUUUCUCUUCAGCCAGUAGUAAAGGAGGAUAGUGAAGAUACUCUUACGCAAAGAGCUGACAAAAACAAACUGACUGACAGAGUAAAACAAGAUACCCGGAUACACGAUACUCUUCCAAAUUCUUCAGCAUUGCAUCAAGACAACAAGCUUAAUGAGAUACACCACCCCAGCACUUGGAAUAAAGAGGGUCUUAGUUCGGUGUUGAAUAAACAAUUGAUACAUAAGAAUGCCAAAAACACAGUGGUCAUUCAUCGAAAGAAGUCUCUCAGUGGACCUUAUAGUUCUGUUAGAAGUUCUGGAUAUGGAAAAUCUAGUUCUUCAUUGAAACACUUUUCUGUAGUUCAUGAGAAAACAGGAAAAGAGGGCCCCCAAAAGUCAGUUUUGAAAGGCAGAUCUCCUCUAAAGCAGAAAGAAACAUCUGGAACUAAGGUAAUACAGCCAACAAAGGAUCCUGUUUCAAUGAAGAGAAAUUACUGUGCCGCACCUGGACAGUCAUCUGCAAGUAGCAUUCAAGAGCAAGUUAAAGAAAAUGUCUCUUUCAUCCACAAUCACAGUGUUGCUUCAUAUUACCUCCCUCAAAAUAGUGAAAGGGAGCUUUAUUUACUAAAAAGAAUUCAGGAAGCUGAAGAAAAACUGGCUUCAGCGCAGAACUUGAUUCAGCAUCUAAAAGCCACAUCUUUGGAAAAAGAGAAGGAAAUGGAAACAAAGAUCCUUGAACUAAAAAUGCAGCAGGAUAAGAAUCUCUUUGAGUUAAACAAAGAGAAGUAUGUUCUUCAGACACAGCUAAAUCAUAGAGAAAACCAGAACAAAGAAACAAAGUGGUCAAACAUCUGGGAAAGAAUCCCCACUGAAGGAGAAAUGUUAAAAGAGAUCCAAAAAGAAGUUGAAAAUCAGGAGAUGCUUCUUCAAGGGUAUCAGCAGGAAAAUGAAAGAUUAUACAAUCAGGUGAAAGAGCUACAGCAGAAUAACAAGAAAAAUGAAGAAAAUAUGUUUAAAGAGAACCAAUACUUAAUGACUGAAUUAGCAUCCCUACGGGAACAAGUCGAUAAAAAUAACCUGUUAUCAUAUGGAGCACAGAAUGCUGAACCAGCUGGGAAUCAAAAUUUAACUGAUUUACUUUCAGAACUUAGAACAGCCAAGGCUAUAGAAACCAGUUUGCUAGAAGAGAGGAAGCGUCUAAAGCAAGAAAAGCAAGCCCUUGAAGUAGAUUUGGGACAAGUGAAGAAGGAAAGAGAUUUGGCAAGAGCACAGAUUUCUGCCAUUUCAGCUGAAAAAUUGUAUGAGAUGAAGUUGAUGGAGGAAUCCCACAAGGAUGAAAUUAGUCGUUUACAGAAAAGACUCCAAUGGUAUGCAGAAAACCAGGAGCUCUUGGAUAGAGAUGCAGCUCGCCUUCGUGGAGCAAAAGAAGAAAUUGAUAAACUGAAACUAGAGGUGGACAAACUUAGAAGUGAAACUGGGAGUCAGCCGACACAGCAAAAGAAACGACUAAAAGACAGAGCAGCAGAUGCAGCACGAAUUCAAGAUCUUGAGCGACAAGUUAAAGAAAUGGAAGGAAUUCUGAAAAGAAGACACCCAAAUUCUCUGCCAGCUUUAAUAUAUGCUGCUGCCACAGCAGCGUGUGAAGGAGAUGGUGAUGCUUCUGCCAAAACAAAUACGGCUGAGUUUCUUGAAAGACGAGUUAAAAAGUUAGAAGCAGAACUUGAGGGUAAAGAUGAUGAAGCUAAAAAAAGUCUCCGCGCCAUGGAGCAGCAGUUUCAGAAGAUUAAGCUUCAGUAUGAGAAAAGAAUUGAGGAACUUGAACAGCUUCUGGCAUAUAAACUGCCAAAUGAACCACGGAAGCUUGAAGACAGCACAACCACGCUUCAAGAAGCACUUGAAAAAGAACUUUGCAAUGUCAAUGAAGCCCACCAGAUGACUGUAAACAAUCUUCAAGCCGAAAUUGAUUCCCUUAGAAGCCAAAUAGGAGAAUUAGAACGCCAGAAAAAUGCAACCGACAACGCAGAACUGCAGUCUCUUGAGCACCAGGUAGAGCAGGCUCAUGCAAAGGCCAAGAUGGUAAGACUGAAUCAGGAAGUGAUUGCAAAAAAUAGAGAGAUCCAAGAUCUCACAAAAACUAUAGAAAGGCUUCAGAAAGAGAGAAGGAUUAUGCUCUCUGAUAAAAACUCACCUGGAAAAGCUGAUAAUAAGGGAAAGCUUUCAGGAAUUUUGAAAAGGGAUCCCAGGAACACUAGAAAUGAAGAGUUCUUUCCUGCCACUCUUGAUGAUAAAAUAUACAAGCCCGAUGCCUUUGCAGAUUGUCAUGUUUCAGAAGUUCUGCAAGAAAACAUGCAGUUGAAAAAUGAAUUGGAAAAGCUGACCCUAGAAAUGAGCCAACAAAGAGUAUCAUCACAAGCAGCAAUUGCAAAUUCUGAAAGCCUUGUAAGAAGAGCAAAGGAAGACUCAGAAGAAUACAUUUCAGCCCUUAAAGCAUCCCAUCAGAAAGAAUUAGAGAAGAUCCUUUGUCAACAUGCUCUGGAACAUUCUACUUCCAAAGUUGCUGAGUUAAAUAGUAAAAUUUCAACUCAAGAGAUUCUUAUUAAACAUCUCCAGCAGCAAGUUCAUGAAUUCCGGAGAGAUCGAGAAGCCCUUGCAGUCUCACAAAAGAGAGAGGAAAUUCUUCAAAAAGAAAUGGCAAAACUGUUAGAGGAACUCGGAGAGGCUAGAGAAAGGCAGGCCCCUGAGAUGAAGCAUUUUGUAUGUCUAGAAAGAAAGAUCAAACAGUUGGAAACCCGAUAUGAUCAAAGAGAGCAAGAACUUCAGCAGGUAAUACAGGAAACACGGCAUAUUGCUGAAGUGGAACAAAUCCAAGAGACUGAAAAAUGGAGACAACUGGCACUGCUGAAAAAUCAAGAACUGGAAAAAUUUCGCAUAGAACUGGAUUCCAUGUUGGAUGUUUUACGGCAGCUUCAGAAACAGGGUGUCAUCAUUCCAAUCCAUUCUUCAAACGUGUCAGAAAAUUACUGGAAGAUUUGAUUGCACAUGAAUUAAUCAGAGAAAGUUAAUAAAAAUGAAAAUAAAUAAACUUGAAAGCAUUCACAGAAAAUCACAAGUUUCACCUUUUAGGGAAUCUCUCCAUGUUUCUACUGUAUAAUUUCCUCUACUUGGUCUUUUUUAAAAUGUUGUACAUAUUAAAUUAUACUCAAUACAAAUUGCAAUGUCAAUGCUGAUGCUUUCCUUCCCCUUCAAGGCUAAUUUUUAGAAAAAUUAUUUGCACUUUACUGGAUGUGUUUAAAAGAUUACGGUCUAGUAUAGUGAACUGCUUGAUUUCUGCCCUUAUAGGGACUGCGAACAAACUCUGAUGAUGUGAGAAAGUAUAUUCAAACUCAGGCCCAGCUUAAUUUUCAGUUUCAUUAUUUUAUUUUUUAUUUACAGCAUUUAUAUUCCGCCCUUCUCACCCCGAAGGGGACUCAUGGCGGAUCACAUUACACAAAUAGGCAAACAUUCAAUGCCUUUUAACAUAGAACAAAGACAAGACAAACAUAGGCUCCGAGCGGGCCUCGAACUCAUGACCUCCUGGUCAGAGUGAUUCAUUGCAGCUGGUUGCAGCUGGCUUGCUCUCCAGCCUGCGCCACAGCCCGGAGCCCAUUCUGCUUCCUGUACAUACUGGCUUUAGGAUUCUGGCAGCUAUAAAAAGCCUUUAAGUCAGUGUUCUCAACCUGUUGGUCCCCAGAUGUUUUGGCCUUCAACUCCCAAAAAUCCUAACAGCUGGUAAACUGGCUGGGAUUUCUGAGAGUUGUAGGCCAAAAAACCUAGAGACCCACAGGUUGAGAACCACUGCUCUAGGUGUUACUACCACCACACAAAAAAGCUACAGGUAUUUCCUUCCUUAGCUAAGUUUCAACUUGGUACAUGUAUUCAUAUGCCUUCAUGUUGCCUGUCAAGUUACAACAACUCUGAAUUUCUCAGGUUUUCUUAAGCAAAGAACACUCAGGUGGUUCUCCUUUGCCUUCCCCUCAAUAUAUCUCAAAAAUCUGUUAUUGUUGACAGUCCCCCCAUCAAAGUACAAACUAGGCCAGGCCUUACUUUGCUUCUGAGGUCAGAUAGGAUUUAGUUAUGUUUAGGGGAGCUCUUUUGUGUCCUGUAUUUUUGCUCAGGACAAACAACCUCUGUUAUUCAGCAGGGAACUUCAGAGACUGUAGCUUUGGUUCUCCUGAUGUGGUUUUUGCAACACUCACCGCAUGCAAUCCUAGCUGGAACAUGUAUGCAAGACUUGUUUCCACAGCAGUCUGUCUCAGUGCUAUUAGAAUGUUUACCUCUGGCAUUGCCUGAAGGCAAACAAUCAGGAAUUGAAGAUACAUCCUUUUCUACAGCUGGAGACAACAUAAUGGAUUAGAUCAGUGGCUCUCAAACCUUUUCAGCCACUGAGCCCUUUUUGAAACAAAAGUUUCUUGUGGAGCCCCAAGAAAUUAUAUAUCAUAUUAUAUAUCAUGCAUGGGCAAACCUUUGGGCAUUGCAUUUUAAAAUUUGACAGACAGGCUGGACCAGUAGCAGAUGGUGUUUGUGUGAACUAAUUGGAAAAACAAUUUUUUAUGGACACUGUAAAUAUCUCAUUUGUAGUGCAAAGAAAAAAAAGAACAAUACAACAUUUAAAAUGAAGAACAAUUUAAACCAACAUAAACAGUAUUUCAGUGGAAGGCCCCAGGUGCCAUCCAGUCCAACCCCCUUCUGCCAUGCAGGAAAAGCACCAUCAAAGUGCCCCCAACUAAUGGCCAUCCAGACUUCGUAAUAACAAUAAUAAUAGGAACAAUCCCAAGGGCCAUCCAGUCCAAUUCCCUCUUGACAUACAGGAAAAGCACAAUCAAGGCACACACACACCCCAACAGAUGGCCACCCAGUCUUUGUAAUAAUAGCAGAAACCCCAUGGCCAUCCAGUUCAACUCCCUUCUGCCAUGUAGGAAAAGCACAAUCAAAGCACCCCCGGAGCAGUGGGAGGGAAAUAGGGUUUUGGAAGCAAAGAAGGCAUUGGGGUGGGGUCUGGGUGGCAAGGAAAAGAUUCUGGGCAACAAGGGAGCCAGGGGAGAAAGGAUCUGUGCCCUGGGAGGACACUGCUGCUGCUGUUUCGGCAGCUCCAAACUUUAAUUUCCCUGCAUUUCUCAGGAGUAAAGAGGAGGAGGCAGGAACCAGCAUUAUCCUUGUGUCCAUGCGGCCUGCCCUGUUUUUACUGUUUUUUGGGGGUUUUUUUGAUUUAAUGUUUAUUAUCAUCUAUUGUAUUGCUUUUAAUUUAUGCUAUGGUAUGCUGUUUUAUAUUCUAUUAUGUUGUAUUGCUCUGGGCGUGGCCCCAUGUUAGCCGCCCCGAGUCCCCGUUGGGGAGAUGGUGGCGGGGUAUAAAUAAAGCAUUAUUAUUAUUAUUAUUA